CGAUAUCUCCGAGACCAGGCGCUUGGGUUCUGGAACAUUCCGUGGAUGGCGAAGACUUCUUCCCCUGGCAGUACUUUGCCAGGAACGAUAAGGAGUGCUACGAAAGGUACGGAGUACCAGCGACCAAGGGAAAACCGAGAUAUACAUCUGACACUGAAGUCAUCUGUACCUCUUUCUACUCGAGGUUAACACCAUUGGAAGAUGGAGAGAUCCAUCUAUCGCUGAUUCAAAGCCGUCCAGGUGCGAACGAAACCACGAACGCCCUUUUGGACUUCGUAACAGCCAGAUUCGUGAGGUUCCGCUUCGAGGGACUUCGCGGUACCAAGGAACCACUACCAAAAUGGUGGACAUCCCAAAACGCGGCCAGAAGAGAGAAGAGUUUGUUCUAUUCAAUCAGAGAUGUCGUGGUUUGGGGACAGUGCGUGUGUAAUGGGCAUGCGGAUAGUUGCAGACACAACGUGGCAUCUGGG